AUGAUAAGUAAAACUAUUAGAGUAUCAUUGCUUGUUGAUACUAUUCCUGUUGGUGAACAAGCAUAUAAUAUUGGGAAAACCUUAGGAGAGAAACCAUAUCACUGUGAAGUUUGUGGAAAAGACUUUUCUGAUCGCAGCAGCUUAAGAAAUCACAAACGUAUUCAUACUGGAGAAAAACCACAUCACUGUGAAGUCUGUGGCAAAGCAUUUUCUGUAAAUGGUAGUUUAAAAAGACACAGACGUAUUCACACAGGAGAGAAACCAUAUCGCUGUUUAAUAUGUGGAAAAGAAUUUUCACAUAAGAGCAGCUUAACAAAACAUAACCGUCACAUGUAUCAUACAAUAUGGUGUGAUGGUUCUGUGACCAGGUACACAUUUGCUGGUAAAUAUCAGAAACUUUCCCGUGACUGGAGAGUUGUUUCAAAAAAUUUACUUGGCCGUGAACGGCCGUUCCUUCGAUGUAACUCGACAAAACCAAAACAAACACUCGACUGUUUCCGUGACAACUCGACAAUUCACUUUGGAUAUCUCCCUGACGGCUAA